UAUCUUCCUAAAAAUAAAAUAUUGUAAAUUUUAAAAAUAUUCUUCCUUUACAGUACAUUACAAAUAAAAUCUUGUGUUUAUUUUUUAUUUUUUAUUUUUAUUUUUAUAUAUCCCUCUGUUUUUUUUCUUCUUCUAUUAUUAUCUCUCCUCCUCCUUCCACCGACCUCAAAUUUUAAGGAAGGUGGGUUUUCAUGGAUUAGCAAAUUCCUAUCAUAAUCUUGGCUUAAUUGCUAAUUAAACCGAAACAUUUACUAAAAAGAUUGAAUCCUGAAUCUGGGUUUUGCUGGGUUAUUUUAAAAAACAUGGAUCUGCGAAUUUUUAUGGUGUUGGGUCUUUGUAUUUGGCAAAGUUUUUAUCUUUUAAUGGUUUCAGGAAAUGUGUUUUUUGAGGUAGAACAUAGAUAUAAAGGUGGGAAAAGGACAUUGAAAGAGAUUAAAGAAAGAGAUGUUCUUCGCCAUGGUAGAAUGCUUGGAGCUGUUGAUCUUUCUCUUGGUGGUAAUGGACAGCCUUCUGAUGCUGGGUUGUACUUCACAAAAAUUCAGAUUGGUGAGCCUCCAAAAGAGUAUCAUGUUCAAGUUGAUACAGGAAGUGAUCUCUUGUGGGUUAACUGUGCGGGAUGUGAUCAGUGCCCCAAGAAAAGUGGGCUUGGAAUAAAAUUGAAUCUUUAUGAUCCGAAAGGUUCAUCUUCGGCCGAAUUAAUCAACUGUGAUGAUAGCCAGUGUACCAUGAUAUACCAGGGUACUCUAUCUGGUUGUCAAUCAGAUAUACCUUGUCAAUAUGAAGUUACAUAUGGCGAUGGUAGCACAACUUCUGGAUACUUUGUUCAGGAUACUUAUCAUUAUAUUGAGGCCGCCUCGCGUGACUCACAAAGCAAAACUGGGAGCGGGUCUAUCGUUUUUGGUUGUGGGUCUAAACAAUCUGGUCAACUCAGUUCAUCUGAAGAAGCACUUGAUGGCAUCAUGGGUUUUGGACAAGCAAACUCAUCUGUACUAUCACAACUCGCGGCAGCCAAAAAGGUGCCAAAGAUGUUUUCUCAUUGCUUGGAUAAUGACAAAGGAGGUGGAAUUUGGUCCAUUGGGGAACUCAUCGAGCCAAAGAUGAAUACUACUCCACUAAUUCCAAACCAGGCACAUUACAAUAUUAUCAUGAAGAGUAUCGAGGUGGAUGGUCAGGCUCUAGAACUUUAUUCGGAUUCCUCUGGUAGCGAUAGAGGGGCAAUCAUUGACAGCGGUACGACUUUGGCCUAUCUUCCAGAUGAUGCUUAUGACAAGAUUGUAGAUACAAUUCUCUCCAAGCAGCCUAAUUUACAAUUACAUACUGUCGAGGAUCAAUUCAAAUGCUUUCAAUACUCCGGAAAUAUAGAUAAUGGCUUCCCACACGUGACCUUCCAUUUCGCUAACUCUCUCGAUUUGAAAGUAUACCCUCACGAGUACUUCUUUCCCCUCGGUGAUGGUGAUGAUAAGUGGUGCGUUGGUUGGAUGAACAGUGGAUUACAGUCUCGAGAUGGGAAGGACGUAACUAUCUUGGGAGAUAUCGUACUAUCCAGCAAAGUGGUCUUUUACGACUUAGUAAAUCAAAAUAUUGGAUGGACCAACUAUAACUGUUCGUCAAGCAUCAAAGUGAAGGAUUCAAAGUCAGGAACCGUGUACACUGUAGGCGCCCAUAACCUUUCAUCCGCUAAUUCUUUAAAUUACGGGAGGACUAUAUUGUUUGUGUUUACGCUACUCUUAGCUAACUUCUUUUUCACUAUUCAUCUUUAAAUUUAUAGGUCGUUUUUUUUAUCCAUAGUUUUUUUAUCCUGUAAAAGAAAAGUGUCAAUUGAUUAUUCGCUCGAUAUAAUUGAUUUUACAUGUAUAAUUAAAUAAUUCAUUCAUCUCCUAAUGUCUUGUAUUUUGAUGCUUACAUGACUGGCGAAGCAUACAUAUGAUCCAAGUGGACAAAGAGGAAGCUCAACCUACCUUCAAAUCUCAUGGCCUUUGGCUUUUUUUGCUACAUUUACAAUUGUAGCCUUUUUUUGAUAUCUAUGUGACAAUAUAUAGGAGUAAAUAUUACAAUUGAUUUUUGAAAAUUGAAAAUAUAUAUACAUCUUUUAGUAAAGAUAAGAAGGCUUAAAUUAGUGACAUAGAAAGAAGAAUAA